AUGUUAUUUGGUCUUUAUCAUUCUCCAGUUGGACCAACUGCAGAAAGUCUACUAGGAAAAAUUGUGAAAGCUAUCGAACGGCUUCGUCGUACUGGUCUUACUAUUGAUCUUGGUGCCAGAGAUAAAAUUCAAACAUUUGAUGUUCAUGUUCAGUUGAUCGUUGGAGAUUUCCCUGCUCGAUCAAAAUUCAACUCAUUGAGUGGUCAUGCCGGUUAUUUUGCUUGCUCAAGAUGUUUAAUCAACGGUGUACGUUGCAAAGCGCACCAGCAUAUCCUUUAUACUUGGUUGGAAUAUCGGACAAAAUGUCCUGUAGAACAUACCAAUGAAAAUAUGAAUAUUUCAUUUGAUUUAAUAGAAACAUCGAGAAAAACAAUUCGACCAAAUGGCGCUAUUGUAAAAUCACCUUUAUGCAGCAUUUUGUCUAUUCAAAAGCAGUCCGUCUUUGAUUAUUUUCAUACCUGUUUGAAAGUUCAUUUGCCAGUGUUGAUUUCCAAAUGGGUUAAGCUAUUGUCGAAAGUCGAUCUUAAUAAAGCAGAUAUUUAUCUUUCUGGAAUUUUGUAUCCACAUUCAUUUAACCGCCAUCCAAAAAAAUUGUCUAUGUUUGAUCAAUGGAAAGCAAGUCAAAUGAGAACUUUCUUUCUCUAUGUGUCUCUUCCGCUCCUUAUUCAUCUUGGUAAAUGUUUACCUUCAGCAGUAGCUGCACAUUUCUCUCUUUUUUAUAUUUAG